AUGGCACCAGUCGAUGAGGAAGACGAUGGUUUCAUUCUCGUGUCCCACAGCGGCUGUUCUACUGAUCAGCAGGAACCGCAGCUCGUCGAUGCCAUCAGCCAAGCGGUAGACAACCUCCUCGAGGAGUUUUGGCCAAUAAACAAGAAGAUCCACGACAACCCGGAAAGAGGAUACAAAGAGUUUAUCGCCCACGAUGUAUUGACAAAAUUCAUGAAAUCCCAGAGCGGCUGGGUUGUCACGCCGUCUGCUUACGGAAUGGAGACUGCGUGGGUUGCUGUGUUUGACACGGGAAAACGCGGUCCUGUCGUGUCGUUCAAUGCCGAGAUGGACUGUCUUCCCGGCAUCGGCCACUCGUGUGGCCAUAAUCUCAUCGCUACAGCAUCCGUCCUCGGCGCCGUUGCAACGGCUCAAGUAAUGAAGCAAUACGAAGCCGCCGGAAAAGUGGUCCUGUUCGGCACACCGGCAGAAGAAGGUGGAGGAGGGAAAAUUAGGCUUCUCAAGGCGGGAGCCUUUUCUGACCACAACGUCGACGUGAGCCUCAUAUCACAUCCAGGGAUCACCCCGGAUGCAGCAUUGAUGCGAACCACAUCAUACCUGCAGUUCAAGGUCGAGUGCUUUGGCCGUGAGGCUCACGCGGCAGCUAACCCCUGGCUCGGCAUUAAUGCGCUGGAUGCGCUAAUCGCAGGAUACAACAAUGUGUCAUUGCUCAGACAACAGAUCAUGCCCGAGGACAGAAUUCAGGGCUAUAUCACCAAUGGUGGCGUUGCGCCCAACAUCAUCCACGCCUAUGCCGCCGGCAUCUUUGUUGUCAGAUCAGAUACGCAGAAGCGCCUCGACGAACUAAAGGAAAAAGUAUAUGACUGCUUUAGAGCUGGUGCCCUGGCCGCAGGAGCCAAAGUGACUAUUACAGAGCGAUGGGGCUAUCAGAACCACAUCCCAAACCGGACAAUGGCGCGAUCUUAUACACGCUAUUUCAAUGCUCUUGAGCCACCAGGUAGGAUUGCAGAGGACCAGGAUGUUGAUGAUGGACGAGGCAAAUCACAGGCAAGUACAGAUCAGGGCGACAUCAGCUACGCAAUGCCGAGUUUAAGCCCAGCCUUUCAAUUACAGCCUGGCCCGAAAGGCCAAGGUCCGCAUAACCCAGAAUUUGCAGAGGUUGCUGGGACGCGGGAUGCAUAUGUGAGAGCGUUGAGGGUAGCGAAAGGAUUAGCUGGAGUUGCACUAGACAUUGUAUUUACAGAAGGGCUUCUCGAAGAGAUCAAGAGUGAGUGGAAAAGUGUGAUUACUAGAUGGCGUGGGGAUUAG